UCUCUCUCUCUCUCUCUCCUUCAACCUCCAUUUCCCUCUUUCAGUUCAGAUGGUGGGAUUAUGUUUUGUUGAGAUGUCAUUUUGAUUUUUUCUUUCUUCAGAUAUCAUUUUAUUGUUGUUGUUGGGCGGCUUCUGAUCUGGGGAAGAUGGAUAAUUCUGAGUCGUCACAGAGUGUGAGGGUUGCAGUCAAUAUUAGGCCGCUUGUUACUUCUGAGCUUCUUGUGGGAUGUACUGACUGCAUUACUGUCUAUCCCGCUGAAAAGCAGGUUCAAAUUGGAUCUCAUGCCUUCACAUUUGACAACAUCUUUGGUAGUAGGGGAAGCCCGUGUUCAUCAAUAUUUGAUGAAUGUGUUGUUGCUCCUUUAGUUGAUGCCUUGUUUCAUGGCUAUAAUGGCACUGUACUUGCAUAUGGCCAGGUAUUCAGUUUAACUACUUGAUCAAGAUUUUCAAUGUUUUGUCAUCUUAAUCAUAAGGUGUUUCCAACUAUUGUUAUUAGGGUUUAGGGUUAAGGGUUUUGGGUUUAGGGUUGGGGUCUAGGGUUUUAGGGUUUAAGGUUUAGGGUUUAGGAUUUCUUUUUUUUUUUCCGAAAUAGGGACUUGCCGGGUUCCCCAUCCCAUCUAAUAAAACGAGAAUGUACAAUUGUUUUUGUACAAUGAUUAGGAUCCUACACAAUAAGAGAGCCCAAAAAAUAUGACAACUAAACCCCCAUCACCCAAGUAAACGGACAACAAUUUUUCUCUCUCUAGAAACCCCUCUCUGAAAUGGAGAAGAAGGUGCGGUCGACGAUUAAGAGAAAUUCCACCCAUCAACAUUCGCAGGAAGUUUGAGUGGAGAAGAAAUUUCACCUACUUCAACCCAUCAACAUUCGCAGGAGGAUUGAGAAAUAGAAAACAACAGAACAACACCUCACCAACCCCCACGCGACUCUCACCUACCCCCACGCGCACAGUUACAGAACAAAACAGGUAUGACUUCUUCUUCGGGCGUGGAGUGGUGAACUGGAGAGGCAACAGGCGGCGCCGAUGAUUCGUAAGGCAUGGCGCUGCUUACUAACGACGACUACUGAACUUCUGGCCGGAAAAUGUACUGAGGAGGGGUCAUCGGCGGCGAGGGAAGGAACUGUGCAAAAUUUUUCUGUUGGUGCGUCCUUCUCGUCUGAUAAUUUGAAGAGUCCGGCAGAAGUUAAGCCGUCAGUGACUGAAAUUGCACAGACAACUCCUUUAAA